AUGGGAGGGCGACGCGAGUAUGGAGGGUGGAGAAGAGAGAGAGGCAAGAGAAGGGGGAGUUUAGAUCUGUGCUCGACGGAUUUACAGAGGGGGAAGGGGGGAGACGGCGGCGGCGGCGGCGUUACAGAGGGGGAAGAGGGAGGCAGCGCCGGCGAAACAGAGGGGAAGGGAGCGGCGGUGACUGUUGAGUUACAGAGGGGGAAGAGGGCAGCAGAUUUACAGAUGGGGAAGGUGGGAGGCGGAGGCGGAGGCGGCGGUGGCGGAACAGAGAGGGAAGAGGGAGGCGCUACCGGUGGAACAGAGGGGAAGUGA